CAAUACAGUCAGUAUUUAGGAGGAGAGAAGACGAAGAGAAAACAUUCUCUCUGUAACUUAGAGUGGGGAGCUGGCUGGCACAGAGGUGGGGCAUAGGAAGGAGACUUGGAUGGAUGAGCCUGGAAGUCUGAGGAGAUUACCAGGCGAAGAAGUGAGAUAGGAAGGUCUACCAAAGACAGGGACAAGUCUUUGCAGGGACACAUUCUUCUUCAGCCCUCCUGUCUUUAUCAUACAAACCCUGUGUUGAGUUCUUUCAGGUGCCACAAAAUAAGACUUAGAAAUAGCCGUGUAUUUGACCCUCAUUAACAUGUAUUUUGCCUACCAAGAGGUCCGGACUUUGGCAGAUCUUAUUGUUUAGACACACUACCUCACUUUUCCUCAGGAAAGUUUUUUUUGUCUUGGUUGUUGUUAUUGUUUGUGUGUUUUUGUAUUAACUUUGACUUUACCAGGGCAGUGAGUAAAGGAAUCUCAAAUCUGUAUUUACAGAUGAGCGGCUCAUUAGUCAUCAAUACAGGAGCCAUGCCUUCAAUUAUUCACAGACAGGUGACACUUAGUGUCAUAUCUGCCUCCCAGUUUGAGUAUUUACAAGAAACUGAACUGGUUUGAGUUCUCUUAAAGUUAUCUCAGACCUGGAUGGACACGCAUGAUGCUCCAUCCUGUCUCAGAAAUGUGUACUGUGCUUAUUUUUUUUCCCCCAAGAUUUUAAAACAAAAAACAAAACAGUAGUGGCUGCACCCCUAUAACUCCAGAAUUCGGCCAGAAGAUUGGGAUUUCAGGCCAGCCUAGGUUAUAUCCAUCGAUGCAGCCAUAGCUUGUCAACAGCCCGAGACCCAGAGGACCAGAGCAAGGCAUUCAUUCAAGGUUGAAAAGAGGUGUGCCUGGCCAGGCUUGCUGAGGGCCCCCUGACCUGAAGCUGCCACAGAGGGCGUGGGAGGCAGAGACGAACAGGAGGUGCCCGGGACGUAGCAGAAGCACUUAGAGGAACUGACUGGCCCAUGGCAGGCAGGCAUCUAAUAGACUUCCCCUUUCCCAGCCCUCUCCUCUCUUUCCUUUUUCUCUCUUGCUCGCUUAUGCGUCAGUUCCUGAAAGGUGGGGAAACUUCCUGACACUAUGAAGGCCCGCAGAGGGAGGCUAGAGCUCAUUCUGAUCACUGGGUUGGGACCCUGAAGCCUGGGACCCCGCAGCUCCGGCCGGAGAGACACUAAGCAUGUCCCUGGCUGAGGCCAUCAGACUCUGGAAUGAAGGGGUGCUGGCAGCCGACAAGAAGGACUGGAAGGGUGCUCUGGAGGCCUUCAGCGAGGUGCAGGACCCCCACUCCAGGAUUUGCUUCAACAUAGGCUGCAUGCAUACCAUCCUGGAAAACAUGCCGGCAGCCGAGCAGGCCUUCACCAAAAGCAUCAACAGAGACAAGCACUUGGCAGUGGCCUACUUCCAGCGGGGAAUGCUCUACCACAGCAUGGAGAAAUACGACUUAGCUAUCAAAGACCUUAAAGAGGCCUUGACUCAGCUUCGAGGGAAUCAGCUGAUAGACUACAAGGUCCUGGGGCUCCAGUUCAAGCUGUUUGCCUGUGAGGUGUUGUAUAACAUCGCCUUCAUGCACGCCAAGAAAGAGGAAUGGAAAAAGGCAGAAGAACAGUUGGCAUUGGCGACAAACAUGAAGUCGGAACCCAGGCACUCCAAAAUCGACAAGGCCAUGGAAAGCAUCUGGAAGCAGAAACUGUUCGAGCCCGUGGUGAUCCCUGUGGGUAGGCUCUUCCGGCCAAAUGAGAGGCAGGUGGCUCAGCUGGCCAAGAAGGACUAUCUGGGCAAAGCUACGGUUAUAGCAUCCGUGGUUCAUCAAGACAACUUUUCUGGCUUCGCCCCUCUGCAGCCGCAGGCAGCGGAGCCUCCACCCAGACCCAAAACCCCAGAGAUCUUCAGGGCUCUGGAAGGCGAGGCACAUCGAGUGUUGUUUGGCUUUGUGCCUGAGACACCAGAAGAGCUCCAGGUCAUGCCAGGGAACAUCGUCUUUGUCUUGAAGAAGGGCAGCGAUAACUGGGCCACGGUCAUGUUCAAUGGACAGAAGGGACUUGUCCCUUGCAACUACCUGGAGCCAGUGGAGCUUCGGAUUCAUCCUCAGUCGCAGCCCCAGGAGGACACCUCCCCGGAAUCUGAUAUUCCACCCCCUCCUAGUUCCAGCGCCCCAGCAAGAUCCCAGUUGUCACCAGGUCACAAGCAAAAAGAAGAGCCCAAGGAAGUGAAGCUCAGAGUGCCCAUGCCCUACAUGCUCAAGGUGCACUACAAAUACACAGUGGUCAUGGAGACUCAGCUUGGCCUUCCCUACAGCCGGCUUCGGGACAUGGUGGCUAGGAAACUGGUGCUCUUGCCAGAACACACUCAACUGAGCUACCGGCCUCGGGACAGCUCCGAGCUUCUGCUCCUGUCCGAAGAAACCACGAAGGAUGCCUGGGACCAAGUGAACAACCACUGCCUGACGCUUUGGUGUGAGCACACGGUGGGUGAUCAAGGUUUGGUAGAUGAACUCAAGGGAAGUGAAAACUCGGAUGCCCAUACCCGGACAGCAGAGCCUCAGCCUAAGGAAGGAAGCCAAGUGGUAGCAAUCUUCAGUUAUGAGGGUACUCAGCCGGAAGACCUGGAGUUUGUGAAAGGAGAUGUAAUCCUGGUGUUAUCACAUGUGAAUGAAGAAUGGCUGGAAGGGGAGUGUAAAGGCAAAGUUGGCAUUUUUCCUAAAGCUUUUGUUGAAGAACGAGCAGCCAAGGAGCUGGAAGGCACUCCCGGAGAAGUCUAGGAUGCUCCACAACCUGUGACGCUCAAGCAAAGAAGUGCUGCUUUUUCCAAGACUUGCCCAUCUCUGCUGUGCGCUAUACAGACACAUUUGGAAAUGUUCUCUAACAACAUUUCCCUAUCCAAACUGAACCCAUCACACAGUAAUAUGAGAAUUUGGAUGAUUUCCUUGUAGAUGAGAAGGAUGAGAUGAAUUUCUGGAAGGGGAAUGAAGGGGUCUUCUUGGGUGCUGGCUCCCUAGCUGUGGACUUUAUGAGAAUUCCUGAAGCAGGAUGACAAUGGGUACACCUUUGUUAUGAAAAUAGAGCAGGACACCCAGUGUCCAGGCCCAAAAGCUGAGUGGGAAUAUUCUCCCUGUACCUUAAGAAUUUGGUUUCCAGAAGCUUAAAGCAAAUUUACUUGUAAUUCAGAAAGCACACACAUAGUUAACUCAUUAAAAAACAAGCUUAGGUUUCAUUAAAGAGAAGUUAGGCAGAAUCAGGUACCCAUGAACAUUCAGUCUCAAGAAUUAAACUCUUAGAAUGAUGGCUCCUCAUGCCUUGUCAGAUGGACAUUAUUGAGAGUUUAAGAGUGAACAUAUGCCACCAGUACUUGAGUGAUGAAAAGCUGUGUUCAGGAGGCAGCCUGCAGCCCAUUAAGAGAGACAUUCUGCUGCUUUACAUGUAUUAUUCAAGACUAACCCACAUGAUAAAACUCAUGCCAUUUUGGUGGUCCUUCAGGUUACCUGGGGACAGGGACUGCUGAGCACUAGACCUUGGGACCUUACUGCCCUGCCAUAUGGUUUUGCGAACUGUUUUUCAAGUUUGUAGGUGCAAGUGAAAAGCAGGUAGGAAAUGAAGGUUUUUGUUUUUUUUUGGGGGGGGGUGUUUUGCAAGACAGGGUUUCUUUGUAGCCUUGGCUGUCCUGGAACUCGCUCUGUAGACUAGGCUGGCUUCAAACUCAGAGAUCGAGUGCUGGGAUUGGCAGUGAGUUUUACAUAGAAUCACAAUCCAGGUGAGGGCUAGUCAGUGUGAGCUCUGAGCCCUAGCACACUGCUGAAGUUGCCUUUGGAAACUUCGGACAAAUUGAAAGAGAGACCACCCCGAGCCUCAAACAGUUAUCGCUGUCGGUGUUAAUCAGUCAGUGAGGUGUAAAGGCCAGAUGAUAAACUGAAUUACCUCCUGAUAAGCUACAAAAUAAAUGGUUCCUGCCUUUACAGAAGCCACUCUACUAAAGAAUCGUGGCAGUCUAUCAUUUUCUAGAACAAUUCACUGGAAUGCUAAGAAAAGCAAAAUUAACCCCAAAGCCUACCCAGUUGUGACCAUCUCUGUUCCUGCAGGUGGGUGAGUAGUUAAAGUUCUAAGCUGUGUUUUUACUUCUGUAUCCUUUAAGGCAGAAUAAACAGUCCACACACAGAUCUGGUUGGAGAGAACACGGUUUAAUUAAAGGCAAAGCUGAUUUCAGCAGCUGCAGAUCUUGCACAGACAGACAGGAGAAAAAAAAAAAAACAAAUCAAAUCAAAUCAAAACAAAACACAAAGGAAGG